AUGUCUUCAACCACACCUGUCUACGCCUGCAAGGCCGACUUCAUCGCUGCGGACUUGGCCUGCGAGAACCCCUCGGCCACCAAGCUCACCGCCGCCGACAAGGAAGUCCUUGAACUGGCCUUACAACACCCAGCCAACACAAUUGUCUUCAAGUCAAGUUGGCUCAAAUCCACAAAGCCUCUUCACAGCCACCACACCAAUGAAGAGCAACCAGUGUCAAAGCUAAACGCCUGCGGACACGUUUUCGGCACCAACUGCAUCAUGACUUGGUUUGAGAGGUGCAACACUUGUCCUAUGUGUAGGACAGUACUGUUCCCAACAUGGGCACAGGAAGAGAUGGAGAGGGAGAGGGUGGAGAGGGAGGAGGAGGCGAGCAGGGAGUAUUGGGGGUGGAUAGAACCUCCUUUCUGA